GCAAGGCCGGCCUGGCCCGGAGCCCCGGCCGGCGGUCCGGUGGGAGCGAGGCCGCGAGAGGCGAGCCGGCAGGGAAGCGGCGACUGCUUCCCGUGAGACGUCUUAGAAGCCAGUCCGUCUCUGCCUCAGGUUGCUGAGAAGGCUGCAAACGGCUCGUGCUGCAGGUACAGCAUCCAGCGAGGACUCCACAAAGACGCCCUGGAGGGUCUUUGCAACUUUGGGCCUUGGCUGUCUUCCUUCUCUGAUGGCUCGUGGCUGCAUGGCAGUUCGGAUGCCCAAAGACUGGGCCAGUGGUACCGGCCUCUGGCAGACCUUCUUCUUUUCCUGCCUCAUUCGUCACAUUGGGGCUCCAGAGGUUCCUGAGCUACAGUGUCACACAGACUUUGCUGCUGAGGUGGUCUGUCACUGGAAUGUGAAUGACGCUACCAGUUGUACUGAGGAAUUCCGGUUGCAUUAUAGUAGCAGCUUUACUAAACAGAAGAUGGAGUGUGGUCCCAAGGACAGGAGAGUCCUCGGCUCUGCCCGCCCUGGCUGCUUUUGCGUCAUUUCCGAGACAGUCUUUGAGGCCACGUACACUCUCUCGUUGGAGAGCAGGAGGGACAACGCAUCCAGGAGCUACACAGUUGACCUUCGUGACAUUGCAGUGAAGCCGAGGGCCCUCCAAAACCUCACUGUCACUAAGAGUGAGAGGCGUUCCUUCAUCCUGACCUGGAGAAAGGGCUACAACUCGCCUAACGCUAUAGACAUCCCUGCAGUAUUCUGUCAAGUCCGUAUUUCGUCCGAAGGGCAAAAGCAACCGGUACUGAAAAAUCUUACGGAACAAGUGGAACACUAUGAAAUUUUUGCUAAUACCCUCUUGCCAGGAAAGAGCUACAGUGCAAGUGUGCGAUAUAAAAUAGAUCCCUGGAAAAGCUUCUGGAGCGAGUGGAGUGUCCCGUGCCAGUGGUCCAAUGAUUUCAAGCCAGAAGGAGAAGACGGCCUCUGGUGGGCCAUUCUCUUGGCGUGCUUCCUGAUUAUGGUGCUGGUCUCCACCUGUUACCUUUGCCUGAUCAGGCUGAAGCGGGAAUUGUGGGACGACAUCCCAAGCCCUGGCAAGAGCAACCUGGGCAAGGAAUUUGGGGGAAAGCCGAGUCUGGCCAUGAGGAGGAUGUUCCUGGGGGAUGAAGGCAAGGGGCCUCUCUACGCCCUGUCACAGAGUCUCUUGGAGCAGCGGCGAAGUAUCGAGGAUUCUCAGCCUAAAGAUGAGGCCACUUUCCCUGGCUGGUGGAACAAGGUGGCCGCAACAUUUCCUGAGAGCAGGCUGAGAGAGAAGUGGGAGCCGUUCUUCACUCCUGAAGUACCCUCUGUUGAACCUUCUCUUACGAUCUGCAGGCGCUUAGAUGCAGGCAGUGAAGCCCAGAUGGAGGAAGAGGAAGACCACGUCCCUCACAUGGAUGCCUUGGUAGACCUCUUUCUGGACAUCCAGGGGGGCGGGGGCCAUGUAGAAGAUGCCGAACCCCCUGCCAUGCCUGUCCUGGAAGAGCACCCCUCCUCCGGGGCUCCAGAACCAGUGCUCAGUGAUCUUUGCAUGUUUGCCAGGACACCCACAAAGAGCCCCGUGGGUUCUUCUCCGUCUGGCUAUCAGAACUCGGACAUGGCCGCCUCUCCCCAAAAAGUGAGCCCUACCCCCACGAAGCACCAAGAGGACGGCCGACCCUUUUCUGCGCCGCAAUACAAACUGCUGCUCUUCCCUCAGAAACUCUCCAGUGCCUCAUGCCAGGCAACUGUCCCAGGCGGAAUUGGUUCCCAGGCCAAUUGCCCAGGAGGCAGCAGGGCCAGAGCAGCCCAGCCUUCUUGCUACAAGAGUUUCAGCAGCCUCAUGCACCCAUCCACAGCUGGUGCCUGCCGGCCAGGGGAGCAUCAGCUGGAUCUUUCUGGAGUUGACCAGUCCCAGCCCCACGGCAGCUGGCCUUCCUCCUGUGAAGCAGCGGCGGCGGCGGCACCAUCCCAGAAGGCCCCAGGCAUUCCUUGCACCAUUGACUCCUGUUUGCCUGGCUACCGACCCUUCAAAACUGCCCUUCGGCCAAGUGUAACCUCCCAGGAUCCUAGCCAUCUUAGCUUGGGCUCCCCCUACAAGCCCUUUCUUGGUGUCCUAAGGAGCAUGCCGCAAGAGGCCCCACUGGGCCCCAUCCUGAGGACACAGGAGGCAGAGAGAGAGACUUGGCAAAGGGGAUCUUUGGAAGAGCCCCUGACCUUUGCUUUCAGCCUGGGCAGGGAGCUGGAGGAGGAGGAUUCUGGCCAGAAGGGUGUGAGGCAGAGGGCUUCGUCCCCCAAGUGCCUGUUGCCACUUUGUGACCCAAGAACUAACUGAGUAUACUCGGUGGUGUACUCAAAGGAGGAGGUGUGGAGAGGAAGGCGUCCCAGCUGACUAUUGACCUCCUUGGCGCUAAUCUGUUGCCUACAUGGGUCUCCUUGUGAGUAAUUAGCAAACAAGGAGAAAGCUGUGAGAGGUGGUAACAAGUGAGAUCCUCCAUCAAUGUGUACCAGGUUUCUUCCCCAAGGAAACCGACUAGAUGGGUGUUUUCCAAAGCAGAGAAUGUUUUAUUUCAAGGAGAAAUUGGCACACAGCAAGAGGCAGAUAUAUAAAAAUCACAGGCACACAAAAGUUCUAGGAAAAGUAGUGAGAGAAUGGGGAAUAGUUGUAGGAUUCAGGUAAUAGAUACCUAUCAGAGGAGUAGAGAGGUCCGAGGAGGAAGGCUUGAAUGAACAGCAUUCCUUGCAGGGAGGCUCAGAGGAUUCUAACCGUACAGCACUUGAAUCCACGUAAGUGCCCACACUUUGGCUGGGGCAAAGUUCAAGCAAUUAUAGGGCAAAACAGGCCCUGGGGCUAGAAGGUGUCUUCUAGGCAGACAAUGGCCUUAAUGGUUGUCUCCUGGGAUAGGCAAAGGGAUUGCGAAGCCUUGGUUGGCAUUCCGGGGUGUGACGGUGAGAGCUGGGGAGGUUUAGAUUAGUCAUUCCCAGUGCUGGCCAAUGAAACUGUAGUUUUAAUUAAGUGUCUCUGGGGUUAGAUAAAGAACUUAGAGUUUAGACUAAGCUUUCCCAUUUGAUUUAUAUACCGCCCUUCAGGACAACGCCCACUCAGAGCGGUUGACAAAGUAUGCCAUUAUCCCCACAACAAAACACCCAGUGAGGUGGGUGGGGCUGAGAGAGCUCCUAGAAGCUGUGACUGGCCCAAGGUCACCCAGCUGGCUUCAAGUGGAGGACCGGGGAAUCAAACCCUGCUCUCCAGAUUAGAGUCCCGUGCCCUUAACCACUACACCAAAUUGGCUUGGCCAGUGAUUGAUUGCCCUUGAUUACUAGAUAAGAUUUGAUGAUUCAGAGUUCCGAUCCACUCUGAAUAGGGAAGGGGAGGCAGGAAUGUCUGAGGGCUUGUUUUUACAAAAAUGCCCAAGCACCUUUCUUGCCAGGAAUCUCGCACUUCCGCAGCUGGGAGGGCAGGAACCAACCACACCGAGUCACUCGGCAUUCUGUUCGCGUUUCGUUCACAUUUCAGCCUUCCGGGUGGGAGCUGGCCCAGUUGGACGGCUUGCUACUGCCCCUUGCAGCCCGGUAGAGAGAGGGCUUGUGAGUCCCGUGAUCGUAAGUGUCUGUCGCAGCUUAGAGAGCUAGGCGGACUGCCCACAGGACAGCUUGCUGGCAGGCCAAGGCCAGCCACAGGGGCCUACUCGGGCUUAGGUGGCCUCUUGAUUUCUCCAGGGUUGUAUUAUUCAUAAGACGGACUAGGCUGAAGCCUGGGGGCCCUGCAGGGGUUUUUGCUGAGACACUUGUUACCUGUGCCCCAGGGCUCCAAUGUUUAAAGGCACUUUACACUCUGCGCUGUAGCAAUAUGUGUACAUAUGUAUUUACGCGUAUAUAUACUCUCAUAAGUAUUUUUUUUUCUGAAGAAUUCUUCAGGAGACCCUCAAAAUGGAU